AUGUCGCAUCUUGGCGGCCAUUCGCACUCCCAUGCGGCCCCGCACGCGCACUCGCACGGCGCCGACGCGUCGAAGCUCUACGACACCAAGGACUGGGCCAACGAGGGCGUCAAGAUCACCUGGAUAGGACUCGGAGUUAACGUCGCCAUGGCCGUCUCCAAGUUUGCCGGCGGGCUGUAUUUCCACUCGCAGGCGCUCAUUGCCGACGCCGUGCACGCCGUGGGCGACCUCGUUUCCGACGUGCUCACGCUGUCCACCGUCAAGUACAGCAACAGGACCCCGAGCGAGCAGUAUCCGUUUGGGUUCGGCAAGGUGGAGACGCUUGGCUCAUUUUUCGUGUCGGCAAUUCUGCUGUACGCGGGGCUCCAGAUCGGCUGGGGCUCGCUUAUUGACAUCUUGACGCCCGUCUUGCCGCACAGCGUCAUGGACGUGCUGUCGUACUUGCCCGUUCACUCGCACAGCCACAGCCACACGCACGACGCAGGGCACGCGCACGACGCCGCGGCGCAGGCCGUCCAGACAGCAGACAUCAACGCCGCGUGGCUGGCGCUGGCGUCCAUCGGCGUCAAGGAGUGGCUGUUCCGCGCGACCCGCAACGUCGGCGCACGGCUCAACUCAAAAGUGCUGAUCGCCAACGCGUGGCACCACCGCGUCGACUCGCUCACGUCGGUUGUGGCGGUGCUCACCAUCUCGUCGGGCUACUUCCUCAACAUCUACUGGCUAGAUUCCGUGGGCGGCCUCAUCGUGUCGGUGCUGGUGAUGAAGGUGGGCAUCUCGGGGCUGUUCCAGUCGUUUAAGGAGCUCAUCGACAAGGCGCUGCCGUCGUCGGACCCGCGCUACCAGAGCCUGCGUCAACUUACCGACGCGCAGCUUGCCCGCGAAAACAGCAACCUCAAGGUGAAAAAAUUGUCCGUGCUGCCCUCGGGCACCAACCUCAAUGUGAUCGUCGACGUCACGGCCAACCAGAAGGACUACACCAACCACCUCACCCUCGAGCAGAUGAGUCACAUCGGCGAGAGCCUGAAAAAACAGCUCAAGCUCAACCACGACAACCUCAAGACCGUGUCGGUGCAAUUUGUGCCGCACGAGGACAAACACUAG